UAGUUCUCUUUCCCAGCUUGCAAGAUGGCGGGUGAAGCAGCCCCAGCCCCCAAGCCGGACGCGAAGAACAAGCCCCCCCCAGCCAAGAAGGCCGACAAUGCCAGCGACCCGGGGAAGAAACAACCCGGCAAAGGCAAGAAGAAGGCCAAGAAGGGGGUCCCCCACUGCAGCCGGAACCCCGUCCUGGUGAGGGGCAUCGGCCGCUACUCCCGCUCGGCCAUGUACUCCAGGAAAGCCCUGUACAAGAGGAAGUACGCGGCCCCGAGGUCCAGGAUCGAGAAGAAGAAGAAGGAGAAGCCACGGGCCACCGUCACCAAGCCCGUGGGCGGCGACAAGAACGGCGGCACGCGGGUGGUGAAGCUCCGCAAGAUGCCGAGAUACUAUCCCACGGAGGACGUGCCCCGCAAGCUGCUCAGCCAUGGCAAGAAGCCCUUCAGCCAGCACGUGAGGAAGCUGCGGGCAAGCAUCACCCCCGGGACAGUCCUCAUCAUCCUCACCGGGCGGCACCGAGGCAAGAGAGUGGUGUUCCUGAAGCAGCUGGCCAGUGGUUUGCUGCUAGUGACUGGACCUCUCUCCCUCAAUCGGGUCCCUCUGCGUAGAACACACCAGAAAUUUGUGAUCGCCACCUCGACAAAGAUUGACAUCAGUGGGGUGAAGCUCCCGAAGCACCUCACUGACGCCUACUUCAAGAAGAAGAAGCUGCGGAAGCCGCGGCAUCAGGAGGGCGAGAUCUUCGACACAGAGAAGGAGAAAUACGAAAUCACAGAGCAGCGUAAGGCCGAUCAGAAAACCGUGGAUUCGCAGAUUCUGCCAAAGAUCAAGGCCGUCCCUCAGCUCCAGGGCUACCUGCGCUCCGUCUUUGCCCUGACCAAUGGCGUUUACCCUCACAAAUUGGUGUUCUGAAUUUCGUAGAAUCUCACUAAAUAUCUGUUGAAACUUCGAA